UUGCAAAAUUUGGCGGGAAAACGAAAUUAAUUCAUUCACCCUCGCGCUCUCACUCAAUAAAGCGCUCCCAUUCGAUCCCCCGCAACGACAAUUGUCGCCAAUCCAAAGCCUAGUGAUUUGAGAGAAAGGCCCUCGUUGGCGUCGCUUCCCUUCCCUUCUCGCUUGCGUCCAGGGGGUGUCGGCGCAAGGAGAACGGUGAAGCGAUUUGUUGGUCUGGGUGGACGAUUGAAGAUUGUUUCAUUCGAAGAGGGAUGGCUCGUUGUCCAGAUUCUGGCUCAGCAUCAGGUAAUAAAAGAAAGGGCAGAGGAGCAUCCACAAAAAAGAAUAAAAGCACAGAUGAUACUGUUGUAGUAAAUGCCAAGGAAAAGGGUCGGGUUAAUGUUGAUAAUGUCAGAGAUUCUGUUGGCAGGAAGAGGCCCAAACGUGGUGCUGCAUGCUCCGAUUUUAAGGAGAAAUCUAUCAGGAUAUCUGAAAAAUCAUCAAUGGUCGAAACUAGACGAGACCGAUUAGUGGAGGACGAAAGGAUUGCUGUUGAUCUCACCAAACUUGGUUUAGAAGAUGACCCACCUUGCAGGAAACUUUUGGACUUCAUCUUCCAUGAUGCUGAAGGAAAUCCCCAACCAUUUGAAAUGUCUGAGAUUGAUGAUUUAUUUGUCACUGCUCUUGUUAUGCCCAUGGAUGAUAAUUUGGAGAAAGAGAAGGAAAGGGGAGUUAAAUGUGAGGGCUUUGGCCGCAUUGAAUCUUGGGCAAUUUCAGGUUAUGAUGAAGGCACUCCAGUGGUUUGGAUCUCAACUGAGAUUGCAGACUAUGAAUGUGUGAAGCCUGCCGGCAGCUACAAAAGGUUUUAUGAUCAUUUCUGUGAGAAGGCUCGCAUAUGUGUUGAAGUCUACCGAAAAUUAGCCAAAUCUGCUGGAGGAGAUCCUGACUUGGGUUUGGAAGAGUUGCUUGCUGGGGUUGUUCGUUCUAUGAGUGGAAGCAAAAGCUUUUGUGGUGGAUUGACAGGUAGAGAUUUUGUGAUUUCACUUGGUGAUUUUAUAUAUAACCAGUUAAUUGGAUUGGACGGCUCAGAGAAAAAUGAUGUGAAUUUUGCUACAUUGCCUGCUCUUAUUGCUCUGAAGGGUGAAUGCAGAAAUAAUAAAGAUUUUAACAAGGUCCAUCCAGAGGUCUCCGGUGGGAGUUUGAAAAUUAAUGAAACACAACAAUCACAAACAAUUGAAGAUGAUGAUGAGAAACUUGCAAGGCUGUUGCAGGAGGAGGAGAACUGGAAGUCAAUGAAGCAGCAAAGAGCCCGUCAAUCAGCAACUUCUCAAAAAAAUGUCUACAUUAAGAUCAGUGAAGCUGAAAUUGCCAAUGACUAUCCUUUGCCUGGAUAUUAUAAGCCAGCAAUUGGAGAAAUGGAUGAGUACAUCUUUUUUGAGAGUGAUGCCAACAUAUACUACCCCGACCUCCCAAGACGAAUUCUUAACAAUUGGUCUCUUUACAAUUCUGACUCAAGGCUUAUUUCAUUAGAGCUCCUCCCAAUGAUUCCCUGUGCUGAAGUAGAUGUGACAGUAUUUGGAUCAGGGAAUAUGAAAGAGGAUGAUGGGACUGGGUUCUGCCAUGAGACUGAACCAGGCCAGUCCUCAUCAAGCUCAUUGGCCUCUGUGGAUACUGAUGGGGUUCCAGUUUAUCUUAGCUCCAUAAAGGAAUGGAUGAUAGAGUUUGGAUCUUCCAUGGUCUUUAUAUCUAUCCGAACAGAUGUUGCCUGGUAUAGGCUGGGGAAACCUGCAAAACAGUACAUUCCGUGGUAUGAGCCAGUCCUUAAAACAGCAAGGCUUGCUAUAAGUAUCAUCACUUUGCUAAAGGAACAAAGCCGUGUUUCUAAGCUUUCGUUUGCAGAUGUCAUCAAGAAAGUUUCAGAGUUUGAUAAGCACCAUCCUGCCUUUAUCUCUUCCAAUCUGCUAUUGGUGGAGAGAUAUGUAGUUGUUCAUGGACAGAUUAUUCUUCAACAAUUUUCCGAGUUUCCUGAUGACAACAUUCGAAAAUGUGCUUUUGUCACUGGUCUUUCUGAAAAGAUGCAAGAGAGACGCCACACCAAGCUUCUUAUGAAUAAAAGAUUUGUCGUGCAGAAGGAAGCAAAUUUGAAUCCAAGUGCAGCAAUUAAGCCAGUUUUGUCAAAGAGAAAUGUGAUGCGAGCUACUACAACAAGGUUGAUUAAUAGGAUAUGGGGAGAUUAUUAUUUACAUUAUUUUCCAGAUGAUUCAAAAGAGGGAGAUACUCAUGAAAUUAAAGAGCAAGAACUUGAGGAGGAUCAGGAAGAAAAUGAAGAUGAAGAUGCAGAAGAAAAUGUGCCUAAUGAAGAGGAGAAAUUGUCAAAGUCUUGUCCGUCUAUUCGAUCAUGUAAUUCCAAGUUAAACCAUGAUGAAGUAAUAUGGAAAGGUGAGUCUACUGGAAAGACAUGCUGCGGGGAGGCUCUUUAUAAAUAUGCAGUUGUUCAUGGAGAUCAACUUGCUGUUGGUGGGGCAGCAUUAAUAGAAACUGAUGAAUGUGAUGAGCCGAUGACCAUAGUUUUCCUGGAGUACAUGUAUGAAAAAGACGAUGGAAUAAAAAUGGCGCAUGGGAAAAUUAUGGAAAAGGGAUCUGAGACAGUACUUGGAAAUGCGGCAAAUGAGAGGGAAGUUUUCCUGACCAAUGGCUGUGUGGACUUUGAAUUGUGUGAGGUGAAAGAAUCUGUAACUGUGGAUAUACGUUUGCGGUCAUGGGGGCAUAAACACAGGGCUUCUUAUGCUAAUGCUGACAAGAUUGAUAGGGCAAAGGCUGAAGAGAGAAAGAAGAAAGGACUACCAAUGGAGUAUUAUUGUAAAAGUUUGUAUUGGCCUGAGAGGGGUGCUUUCUUCACUCUUCCAUUUGACAGCAUGGGACUUGGAAAUGGGGUGUGUAGUUCAUGUGAACAAAGAGAUGCAGAAGAGGAUUUUUUCUUUGUUGAUUCUACCGUUUUUGUUCACAAGAAGACUGAAUACAAUAUAUGUGACUUUGUAUAUGUGAGGCCUCAUUAUUUUGGGGUGGAAAAAGAUGAGGAUCGGGAAAUUUUCAAAGGUGGGAGGAAUGUAGGCCUAAAGCCUUACACAGUAUGCCAGUUGCAGGAAAUUGAAGUCCCCAGAGGGAAAACACCCUCUCCAGAGUCCACUCUUGUCAAGGUUAGAAGAUUCUACCGGCCAGAAGAUGUUUCUGCUCAAAAGGCCUACAAUUCAGAUAUUAGAGAAGUUUAUUAUAGUGAAGACAUUACCAGUGUUCCUGUUGAAGCAAUAGAAGGGAAGUGUGAAGUCAGAAAGAAAAACGAUCUCCCCAUUGUGGAUCUUCCUAUAAUUACUGAUCAUGUUUUCUUUUGUGAAUAUUGUUAUGAUGCUGAUAAAGGAAGUCUCAAGCAGUUGCAUGCCCAUGUGAAAUUUUCGCCAUUAAACCAAAAGGUGCCUGAUGCUUCCUCAAGGAAGAAAAAAGGGAAGGAAAAAUGUGAUGGUGAACCAAACGGUUCUGAUAAAAGUAAAGAUGAAUCACAGGAAAGCCGUCUGGCUACUUUAGAUAUCUUUUCUGGCUGUGGGGGUCUGUCAGAGGGAUUGCAAAAAGCUGGUGUUUCAUUCACAAAGUGGGCAAUAGAAUAUGAGCAGCCUGCUGGAGAAGCAUUUGGCAAAAACCAUCCUAAUACAUUGAUGUUCAUUGAUAAUUGCAAUGUUAUUUUGAGAGCUAUCAUGGAAAAGUGUGGGGAUGUAGAUGACUGCAUCUCAACUUCUGAGGCUGCUAAACUGGCUGCAGAACUUAGUGAAGAAAAGCUUAACAACCUGCCAUUGCCUGGCCAAGUAGAUUUUAUUAACGGAGGCCCCCCAUGCCAGGGAUUUUCGGGGAUGAAUAGAUUUAAUCAAGGCAUCUGGAGUAAGGUGCAAUGUGAGAUGAUUUUGGGCUUCUUGUCUUUCGCUGAAUAUUUUCGUCCUAGAUUCUUCCUUUUGGAGAAUGUCAGGACAUUUGUUUCUUUUAACAAGGCACAGACAUUCAGAUUGACUCUUGCUUCAUUGCUAGAGAUGGGUUACCAGGUGAGAUUUGGCAUUCUUGACGCUGGAGCAUACGGUGUUUCCCAAUCCAGGAAGAGAGUUUUUGUUUGGGCUGCUUCUCCAGAAGAGAAACUCCCAGAGUGGCCAGAACCUAUGCAUGUUUUUGCUGGUCCUGAGUUAAAAAUACCCUUGUCCAACGGCAUGCAUUACAGUGCUGUUCGAAGCACGGCUGGCGGGGCUCCUUUCCGCUCUAUAACUGUGAGAGAUACUAUUGGAGAUCUGCCUCCUGUUGUAAAUGGAGCAUCCAAACUCUCAAUUGAAUAUGAUGGUUCUCCAGUUUCAUGGUUCCAAAAACAAAUAAGAGGGAGAACCAUUACUCUGGAUGAUCACAUUUCCAAAGAAAUGAAUGAACUGAAUUUGAUUCGGUGUCAACGCAUUCCAAAGCGGCCAGGUUCUGACUGGCAUGACCUCCCAGAUGAGAAGGUUAAAUUAUCAACUGGGCAAAUGGUGGACUUGAUACCUUGGUGCCUUCCAAAUACUGCAAAGAGACACAACCAGUGGAAGGGACUCUUUGGAAGGUUGGAUUGGGAAGGCAACUUCCCAACCUCCAUUACUGAUCCCCAACCCAUGGGUAAGGUUGGCAUGUGUUUUCACCCCGAGCAAGAUAGAAUAAUAACCGUCCGUGAGUGUGCUCGUUCUCAGGGAUUCCCUGAUAGCUACCAAUUUUGUGGUAAUAUUCAAAACAAGCACAGGCAGAUUGGCAAUGCCGUGCCGCCUCCCCUUGCAUAUGUACUCGGCCGGAAACUCAAGGAAGCUGUCAAUGCUAAGACCUCUUGCAGUGAAUAGUUUUCAUGCCAUUGUUUGUUUGUCUCAUGAUAUUGAAGCAUCACCUUGAUGCAGAUAUAUUUGCAUUCAUGCACAAAUAUAAAAACUUCAAAUUUUCAUACUGAAACUUUUGAAAACAAAUUUUGUCAACACCAUUGAGAACAGUCUCUGUAGUCUGAGCAGAAGGAAUUGUAAUGUUUCAA